AUGGGCAAGAACUUGAACGGCAUAUCCUCCAACGCCGCAGUCCAUACCGGCGGACUUGUACGCAUGGUCGAAUUGCGCGGCGGCUUGAGCAACCUGGGAAUGCGAGGCAUCCUGCGUCGGAUGGUGCUGUGGUGCGUCUGGCCUUGGCCUAGGAUGCAUAGUCCCAACAUUAUGUCCGAUCUUCUGGCAAGCUCGAGACUGGGACGGCCACCGCGCUUCCCUUUCUACCAGGCAGACACGUCUGCACCUUUGACAGUCUUUACGCCGUCUGUCUCGUCUGACACGUAUCACCUCGUCACAAAUGGAGCCCUCGACGCCAUCUUGACGGUGAAACAUCGCCUCUCGAUAGCGCAGCUGCUGCUGUCGCUGCACCGCUUGUCCUUGUUUCUGAGUUUGACCGACUCGCUGUAUCUACCAUGGGAAGCAAGCUACCCCGAUCGCGUCUACCAAGUGGAGUACCAAUUCUUGACGGCCCUCUUUGACGACCAAGUCACGGCACCCACGGACACGCAGGUCAUGGUGGGGACCAUUCUACUUCAUGCCGGCUUGCUCUUCAUUUAUACCAACCUACGAGAGACACCUGUCGGCGGCGCCAUCCGAUGUCGGCUCCUCGACCGACUGAAGGCCGUCCUCGUGCAAUUUGAAUCAUUGAUGCACGACGCUCUGGGUUUUACGGCGGAGCUCUUUUGGGUUCUUCUCCUGGGCGCCUCGGCUAGUUCGGCUGUUGACCAGGACUACUUUGUCGAGCAGCUCAGGAAAAUGAGCAGAAGACACAACAUUCGCAGUUGGUCUCACGCAAAGAUGCUCUUGGAGAGUAUGCCAGCACUCGAAGCGUAUCGACUGAACACAUGUAUGGAUCUGUGGAGCACAGUCAUAGCACCGCAGUCUAUUUGCAGAGACACUACUUUAUAUUAA